UUCUCUUCGCGUCGAAAGAGCGACCGAGAAACAUCCUCGAACGAUUUCUCUGCUUCUCCGGCUCUCCACCUCCCCAGUCUCUCCCUUUUCGUCUCUUUCAGUCUCUCGCGAUGGCGCCCGAGAUCGAAGGAAGGGCGACAACAUCCGUGGCGAAGGCGGUCAUGCAUCUCCCACGGCGGGCGUACGUGACGUUCCUCGCCGGCGCCGGCGACUACGUGAAGGGCGCGGUCGGCCUGGCCAAGGGGUUGAGGAAGGUGGGAUCCGCGUACCCGCUGGUGGUGGCGGUUCUCCCCGACGUGCCGGAGGACCACCGCCGGUUACUGGAGUCGCAAGGGUGCAUUGUGCGGGAGAUCGAACCAAUCUACCCACCGGAGAACCAGACCAAGUUCGCCAUGGCGUACUACGUCAUCAACUACUCCAAGCUCCGGAUCUGGGAGUUCGUAGAGUACAGCAAGAUGGUGUACCUGGACGCAGACAUCCAGGUGUACGAGAAUAUCGACGAGCUGUUCGACCUCCCCGACGGGUACUUCUAUGCGGUGAUGGACUGCUUCUGCGAGCGGACGUGGAGCCACACCGCGCAGUACCGGGUGGGCUACUGCCAGCAGUGCCCGGAAAGGGCACCGUGGCCGGCCGACGAGCUCGGCCCGCCGCCUUCCCUUUACUUCAACGCCGGCAUGUUCGUGUUCGAGCCUGGCAUCGCCACCGCCGACGCCCUCCUCGCCACCCUCAAGGUCACGGAGCCCGCACCCUUCGCCGAGCAGGACUUUUUGAACAUGUUCUUUAGGGAUAUUUACAAGCCUAUCCCUCUUGUGUACAAUUUGGUUCUGGCCAUGCUGUGGAGGCACCCGGAGAACGUGGAGCUCGACAAGGUCAAGGUGGUCCAUUACUGCGCAGCGAAUUGGCAUAUUGAUCAACGACGGGGAUCGAAGCCAUGGAGAUACACGGGAAAAGAGGAGAACAUGGAUCGGGCUGACAUCAAAGAGCUAGUUCGGCGGUGGUGGGACAUCUACAACGACGAGUCCUUGGACUAUAAGAGGCCCGCCACCGCCGCUGCUGCCGCCGUCGUGGACGGCGGCGCUGCGGCCGCCGGAGAGGCGGAGCGGCGGCCGUUCCUGGUGGCGCUGUCGGAGGCGGCCGCCGUCAAGUACAUAAAGGCGCCGUCUGCCGCCUGAUAUAUAUUGGCCAUUUAGAGACUUCUGGGGUUGGGGCACGUGGGUUGUACGUGCGGAAGGGAGAGAGUUGGGGAUCGUUUCAAAAUCUUGCGUUCUUAUGGAAGAAGUGUGUAAUUGUAAGCAGGAAGCUUCUCAGGGAAUUUGAGAUUUUGAUGUAAAUCUGCAGCAAAAAGAAAAAAUCCUAAAAUUAAGUGCCAUUUGAGAAAAAUCAUUUCUCUAGUAGUA